AUGGUUGUACACGAAAUAAGCACACAAGCUGAAAUGAAUGAUUAUUUAUCCUCAAAUCCAUUAGUACUUGUUCAUUUUACAUCAAAAUAUUCAGAUGAAAGUGUGCGCUGUGAACCAGUUUUAUCGGCAUGGAGUAAGAAAGUUCAAUAUAAAGAAAUUAAAUUUGUCAAAUGUGAUUGUAGUAAAAAAACAGACAGGUUUGAAAAAUAUUUAAUUAAAACAAUACCGACGUUUUUGUUUUUUACAAAUGGCCAAAAAACAGCUGUUGUACUUGAUGUUCAAUUAAAUUUAUUACAACAAACAAUCGAUGAACAACUAAAUUGUAAGUUGUUAGUAUGGUUAUUUAGUUUGGAUGAAUUAAUCUAA